UGUGGGUGUGGGAGCAACUUUAGGAAACAAAGUGUCCUUCGCUUCAGAAGUACCUCACACUUAAACUCGUUCUCAGCUGGUUUGAUAUUUUCGAAAAAGAAAACCCGAGGAGAUCAGCAGACGCUCACAUCACUGACUUGGUCCUCGUUCAGCUCUCAGUAUGUCCGAUGGGGACUAUGAUUAUCUCAUCAAGUUCCUCGCGCUGGGGGACUCUGGGGUGGGAAAGACCAGCUUCCUAUAUCAGUACACAGACGGCAAAUUCAACUCCAAAUUCAUCACCACAGUGGGAAUAGACUUCAGAGAAAAACGAGUGGUGUACAAAUCCAGCGGUCCUGAUGGGACGGUCGGGAGAGGACAGAGGAUUCACAUCCAGCUGUGGGACACGGCCGGUCAGGAGAGGUUUCGGAGUUUGACCACUGCGUUCUUCAGGGACGCCAUGGGCUUCCUGUUGCUCUUUGACCUCACGAAUGAGCAGAGCUUCCUUAAUGUGCGGAACUGGAUGAGUCAGCUGCAGACGCAUGCGUACUGCGAGAAUCCUGACGUCGUCUUGUGCGGAAACAAAUCAGACCUGGAGGACCAGCGCGCGGUGAAAACGGAGAACGCACGAGAACUGGCCGAGAAAUAUGGUGUCCCAUACUUCGAGACGAGUGCUGCGAGCGGCGAGAAUGUGAGCUGUGCCGUGGAGGUUCUGCUGGAUCUGAUCAUGAAGCGCAUGGAGAGAUGUGUGGACAAAUCCUGGAUCCCCGACGGGAUGGUUCGCAGCAACGGCCACAGCACCAGCAACCUGGCAGAGCCGCGUGACGCCGAGCAGAGCAAGUGCGGCUGCUAAUGCCGUAAGAAUCCUUCCAGCCGCGGCUCUCUGAUCCUCUUCAUUAGCACUAGCAUACAUUACGGUUGAGUUGAGCGGAUGUCGAGGAUGAGAGACCCUGCGCUGCGUUAAAGCAGGGGAUGCCGCAUCCUCACUUGUUUUUUUCUCAGAAUGGAUGGACUAAAGCCUCCUAGAUUCAAGUCUUCACGUUUUGAGAGCACUUUACACCAAAUCCUGCGUUCAGAAGCCUUAAUGCAUCAGAUGAGAUGUGUUUCAAGGGCUCGAAUCCUCUCACUGUGUGUUUGACUUUUAGUGCCCAUCUGCUGGUAAAACUAGACGUGCAUCAGUGCAUUUCUCUGAUCCUGACAGUUUUGUUGAUUUUCUAAAUGAAAACCCCACAUUCAAUCACUGAAAAUCUGAAAAAAAUGCAUGUUAAAAAACAGAUAUUAUUUAAAAU